UAAAAUUUUCCUAUUUUAUUUCGCAUUCUUAGAUUCAGCUUCGUUUUGGUAACGAAAAAUUCUGUGUUUUAUCUUCUUCGUUUUUGGUUAUUUUUAUUGCUUUAUUUGAACUUCUUUAAUAUGUUUAAAAAUAGUUUUGCUUAAAGAUUUUCACGUUGCUGGGGUUAAAAAGGAGAUCGGAUCGGAUAGAAGGUUUUGAAAUAUCAUAAUAUUCGUAAUUUUGUUGUUCAAGUUUAUAUGUUGUAGAUAUUUUCCUUUGGUUACUGAGAACUAUGAGCGAGAGUUAUUAAUAAAAUAUAAGAAUUUUUUUUGGUAUAAUUAGGUUGUGUGUAAUAGUGUAUCUGAUUAUUUGUAGUAGUUUCUUUCUCUCUCUCUCUCUCUCUAAUAAGAUCUGAAUAAUUUAUAUAUAUAUAUGAAGAAAUGAAGGAAUCAAGGUUGUCGUUUCUGGUGGAAAAGGAAUCUUCUUUGAUUUCUUUUGAACUAAAGUAAUGUUUUUAUUCUCUAGUUUCUAGAGUUUUCUUACAACUUAUUACCGUCUGAUGCUUUUUUCCUGUUGUGUGAUUAGUAUUUGAUGUAUUAUUGUAGGGGGUUUGGACUUUCUUUAUAUUUCAAGGAAACCUGUGGAGUGAGAAUGGAUCCUAAGCUCUUCUUUAUCCUCGGAGAAAACUAGGAUUUAUGUGAAGCUCUUACUGUUUCCGCCUAAAAUUUUCUUUUCUUUUUGAAUUUUCCUUCGGAGGUUUGUCAGUGUUUUUACUUUCGUCUUGUUUAUCAGUAAUCAAAUGCCGCCUCAUGCUUUUUCUGGUGUCUGAUUACGUCAUUGUCUGAUGCAUUCAAGGAAGUUUGAACUUGAAAUUGCUGUAAGGUCCUGGACUUUCUUGAUGUUCCAAGGAAACCUGGGAGUGAAAAUGGAUUCUAGGCUCUUUUUUAUCCUUGGAGAAAACUAGGUUUCUGGGAACCUUACUAUGACCAUUAACUGUUUCUGCCUAAAGGGUUGACAAAUACAAUGUCGAUCGCCAGUGUAGCCUUUAGCUCAGCAAUUGAAGAGUUUGCUUGUUUCCCUGAAAAUUUUGCCCAUAGAUAUGGUCAGACUUUGAGCAACUCAAUCUUAAUUUUUCUCUCUGUUGGGGGGUCUAUCAUUCCCAUGCGUGUAAUGGAGUAUGAUUCAAUUGCCUCUGUGAAGCUAAGGAUUCAGACUUCAAAAGGGUUUUUUGUGAGGAAGCAGAAGUUAGUUUUCGAAGGUAGAGAACUGGCUCAGAAUGAUUCUCGUGUCCAGGACUAUGGUGUUGCUGAUGGGAAUGUAUUGCAUCUGGUGUUAAAGCUUUCAGAUCUCCAGGCUAUCACUGUUAGGACUGUAUGUGGUAAGGAGUUUGAGUUUCACAUUCCAAGGGGUAGAAACGUGGGUUAUGUGAAGCAACAAAUUGCUAAGAAGGGAAAAGGAUUUCUUAAUCUCAAGGAUCAAGAACUGGUAUGCAACGGUGAGGUGCUUGAAGAUCAGAGACUAAUUACUGAUAUCUGCAAAAAUAGUGAUGCUGUUAUUCACUUGCUAGUUCAAAACUCUGCUAAAGUACGGGCUGUUCCUAUUGAAAGAGAUUUUGAAGUUUCUAUUGAGGCAUUGAGUUUGAAUGAGGGGCCACAUGCUGCUAGACAAUACUUGGGUGACACAUCCUCUGUGGAACAUCUGAUCUUGGCAGGGAAGCUGUUCCAAAGAGAUUCCAUUCUGGAGCCUCUUGUUGUUAAUUCGAAGAUUCAACUGCCAAUGGCUAUUAAAGAACUAAUUGACUUAACUUUUGAUGGAUUACAGCAAGGCAGCAGGCCUAUCAGGUCAUCAGAGGGGUCAGGUGGAGCUUACUUCAUGCAAGAUUCAUCUGGUCAGAAGUAUAUCUCCGUCUUCAAGCCUACUGAUGAAGAGCCAAUGGCUGUAAAUAACCCACAUGGCCUCCCCUUGUCACUAGAUGGUGAAGGGCUGAAGAAAGGCACAUGUGUAGGUGAAGGUGCACUGAGAGAAGUUGCAGCUUACCUGUUGGACCAUCCAAUGACUGGGCCUCGCUCAUUUGAUAGUGGAGAGAAGGGCUUUGCUGGGGUUCCUCCUACUGUGAUGGUUAAGUGCUUGCAUAAAGCAUUUAAUUAUCCAAACGGUUAUGAUUAUGAUUGCAAGAUUGGGUCACUGCAGAUGUUUGUAAACAACGUCGGAAGUUGUGAAGAUAUGGGCUCUCGUGCUUUCCCAGUGGAUGAGGUGCAGAAGAUCUCUGUGUUGGACAUAAGGUUGGCAAAUGCAGAUAGGCAUGCUGGAAAUAUACUGGUCACAAGAAAUUGUGAGGAAGGUCGGUUUUCACUUGUUCCUAUUGACCACGGCUACUGCUUACCUGAGAAUUUUGAGGAUUGCACGUUUGACUGGCUCUACUGGCCCCAAGCUCGUGAACCUUAUUCCCCAGAUGUCAUCAAGUAUAUUAAAUCGCUGGAUGCUGAACAAGACAUUGAACUUCUAAGGUUCCAUGGUUGGGACAUGCCACCCAAAUGUGCUCGCACUUUUCGCAUUUCCACAAUGCUUCUAAAGAAAGGUGCGGAGAGAGGACUCACACCCUAUGCUAUUGGAAGAAUCAUGUGCAGGGAAACAGUGAAACAGGAGUCGGUGAUUGAGCAGAUUGUUAAAGAAGCGGAGGAAGCUCUGCUCCCCGGAAUGAGUGAUGAGGCAUUCUUUGAAGCAGUGACAUUGAUCAUGGAUGGGCGUCUUGAUGAAUUGACCUCUUAAACCAACUAGUUAGUAGACCCAAUAUUUUCCAGUUUGCUCAGCUGAGGAGGGUAGCUUGUUGCUUGCCGAAAGAGAACAAGCACUUACUUCAGAGUUUCUCUAUGAUGCCAUAUUUGGGAAGCACAUGACUUCCAAACUAUGUUGUUUGGAUUUGAAUGAGUGUGAACUCAACUGCAUCCUUUUUGUAAUCUCUAGUCGACAUGGAGGCAGCUGUAGUAGAAGUCAAAUUGCAUUUUGUCCCCUCUAUUUAAGAAAUGGGUAAAUUAGUACCUGUACAUUAGAUUAAAGGGCAAUUUGAUCAUUCUAUUAAAAUUUUCAUCUAUUCUUUCUGUUAAAACUAUUCCGUGUAUGUCACUAUGAAGUAUAGGUGAUAUGUUUCGUGUA